AUGAAGUUCUCUGCCAUUGCUCUCCUCGGUUCUCUCAUUGCCGGUGCUUCUGCCUUGCAAAACUUCGAAACUGCUGAUAAACAACUCAACAUUAGCUCUCCUUUGCUCAACGGUGUUUAUGUUGCUGGUCAAAUCCUUCCUUUGAGUUACACUCCUCUUAGUCCAAACAUGGUUCUCAACAUCUACCUCAAGGGUGCCAAUGUCAAUGAAACCGCCAUUGCCUUGAACGCUGACACUUCCAGUGACCCCACCAGCAAUGUCCCUAUCAAGGUCGACAACAUGACUUACUAUCAACAUUCUAUCAACUAUGCUAUCCCCACCACCUACCCCGCUGGCAAUUAUGAAUGUAUCUUUGAAAACGUUGCUACUCAUACCAACACCUCCAUUCCUGUCAGCCUCCUUGCUUAUGUCCCUCCCUCAGGUGCUUCAUCUGCUAUUCCUACUGCUGCCUCUACCGCUCCUGCUGUCUCUGAGACCUCCAUCAUCCUUGCCCAGCCUUCCAGUGCUUAA